AUGUCUGACGACGAUGAUUUCAUGCAAGACUCUGGGGAGGAGGAGUAUGACUUCGAAUACGAGGACGACGACGACGAAGAAAGCGGCGAUGUCGACAUCGAGAACAAGUACUACAACGCAAAGCAGCUAAAGGUCGAUGACCCGGAGGCGGCUAUAGCUGAGUUCCUGGGGAUGCCCGCGCUGGAAGAAGAGAAGUCAGACUGGGGAUUCAAAGGCUUGAAGCAAGCCAUCAAGCUUGAAUUCAGGCUGGCGCGGUACGAUCAGGCAACCCAGGCCGUCGAACACUACAAGGAGCUCCUCACCUAUGUCAAGUCCGCCGUCACACGAAACUACUCCGAGAAGUCCAUCAACAACAUGCUCGAUUUCAUCGAGAAGGCUGCUGAGGAUGCGGAAGCAUACCGCUGCAUGGAGAAGUUCUACGCCUUAACUCUCGACAUCUUCCAGAGCACCAACAACGAGCGACUCUGGCUCAAGACGAACAUCAAGCUCGCGAGGCUGUGGUUAGAUAGGAAGGACUACCGCCAGCUGAGUGAGAAGCUUCGGGAGUUGCACAAGGCUUGCCAGAGAGAGGAUGGCACAGACGAUCCAAGUAAAGGCACAUACUCCUUGGAGGUCUACUCGCUCGAGAUCCUCAUGUAUGCCGAGACCAGGAACAACAAGCGCUUGAAGGCACUAUAUCAGCGAGCGCUUAAAGUGAAAUCUGCCGUCCCGCAUCCCAAGAUCAUGGGUAUCAUCCGAGAAUGCGGUGGCAAGAUGCACAUGAGCGAAGGCAAGUACCAACCAUCCGAGACACGGAACUGGAAGGGGGCGCAGAGUGACUUCUUCGAGAGUUUCAAAAACUAUGACGAGGCUGGAUCGCUACAGCGGAUCCAGGUACUGAAGUAUCUGGUCCUUGCGACCAUGCUGUCGGGUUCAGACAUCAAUCCGUUUGAUUCGCAGGAGACCAAGCCCUACCAGAACGAUCCCCGCAUUUCCACAAUGACUGACCUCGUCAACGCCUAUCAGCGUGAGGACAUUCAUGAGUAUGAGAAGAUCUUGCAGAAUAACCAGGAUCUGCUUCAGGAUCCAUUCAUCGCCGAGAACAUUGACGAAGUCACGCGUAACGUGCGGACCAAGGCCGUCAUCAAACUCGUUGCCCCCUACACACGGUUCACUUUGGCGUUCAUUGCGAAGCAACUCAAGAUCUCCCUUCCCGAGGUUCAGGAAAUUGUGGGGUUCUUGAUCGUUGACAAGCGGUUGCACGGUAAGAUCAACCAGCAGAAUGGGACGGUGGAGGUCGAGAGUAGUACGGACAUGGACCGGGUGCAGGCGAUGAAGGAGUGGAGCGCCGCGAUUGGAUCAUUGUGGCAGACGGUUCUGAACGACGGCGAUGGCUUCAAGUCGGACGAGAGCGGCCCACAAUUCGCUCCUACCCCAGGUGAGGCCGGAGGCCAGCGUGCGUCCUGGAACAUGAAUGGCUUGGGAUCUAAAUCUGGGCGACCGAAAGGUAAGGGCCCCGCGGGACGCUUGGGAGUCUCGAGCAAAGGAUGA